CCUCUCUCUCCCAUGUUUCCUCCAAUCCAUCUGUAUAACAGGCAGGUGCUGCGUCACUGGCCCGUCUUGCUGAGACAAUGCAGGAUUAUCACACUCUGAGGUAGCCGCAAUCGGGGUACCCCCAGCUCUGUACAUCAGACAGCAGGAAUGGUUUUCUGUUGCUGAUUGGCUGGCAGUAGUGAGAGUUUACGUUCCAGUUUGCCAGGCAGGAUGCGGUCAAAAUCCCGCAAAUCAGGAUCCCGACAGCAGAAUCCUGCCGGAGAAAAUCCCGCCCGAUCCUGCUGGAUGCCCAACUGCUUGUACACCACAUACGAGGAGAAGAUCCGGCCAUGUAUUGAUCUCAUUGACUCUCUGAGGUCCCUAGGGGUGGAGAAGGACCUGGCGCUACCGGCGAUCGCCGUCAUUGGUGAUCAGAGUUCCGGGAAAAGUUCUGUUCUGGAGGCGCUGUCUGGAGUCACCCUCCCCCGAGGCAGUGGUAUCGUCACCCGAUGUCCCCUAGAGCUUAAACUUGUGAAAGGUAAAAAUGGUUCAGAAUGGAAAGGAAAAAUCAGCUACAUGACAGUCAUCCAGGAGCUGGAGAAUCCCAUGGAGGUGGAGGAGGAAAUCAUGUACGCUCAGGACACAAUGGCUGGACCAGGUGUCGGGAUCAGUUCUAAUCUUAUAAGCCUUGAGGUGAUCUCUCCUGAGGUUCCCGACCUGACGCUCAUUGAUCUCCCUGGAAUUGCAAGAGUGGCUGUUGGAAACCAGCCAAAGGACAUUGGAGUCAAGAUUAAAGGACUCAUCAGAAAGUACAUUGAGAAGCAGGAAACCAUUUGCCUGGUUGUAGUCCCGUGUAAUGUUGACAUCGCUACAACUGAAGCUCUGGAGAUGGCUCGUCAGGUGGAUCCAAAUGGGGAGAGAACUUUGGGGAUUCUGACUAAACCUGAUCUAAUUGACAAGGGCACAGAGGAGACGGUCGUCAAUAUACUAAACAAUAACGCUAUCCACCUGAAGAAGGGAUACAUGAUUGUGAGAUGCCGGGGUCAGCAGGAGAUCCAGGACAGGCUCUCGCUGAUGGAGGCCAUCGAGAAGGAGAAGACUUUCUUUGAAGAGCACAAAUAUUUCUCUGUUUUUCUGAGUGAGGAGAAGGCCACUGUCCCAUUUCUAGCGCAGCGACUCACAACGGAACUGGUGGAGCACAUCAAUAAAUCACUUCCGAAUCUUGAAGGUCAGAUAAAAAGCAAACUUCAGUUAACAAGAGAUGAGCUACUGAAGUGCGGUAGAGGGGUACCCGAAAAUGAAGGUGACAAACUCACCUUCCUGGUGGAGAAAAUUCAACAAUUUAACCAGGACAUUGCCCGUGUCACAAAAGGAGAGGAAUUUGUGUCAGUAACAAAGACUCCAAAGCUUUAUUCAAAGCUUAGACGGCUCUUCAGUAAAUGGAAGAAUGAUCUGGACCAGUCCAUCAUGGAGUUUAACAAAGUGCUAAAAUGUGAAAUUGAUGAAUAUGAGAAGCUGCAUCGUGGGAGGGAACUUCCAGGGUUUAUUAACUAUAAGACCUUUGAAACAAUUGUUAAAGAGAGAAUCGGUUACUUGGAAGAUCCUGCAAUGAAAAUGCUAAAAAGUGCAAUGGAUAUUGUACACGACACUUUCAGCGACGUCGCAGGAUCACAUUUUAAGAACUUUCAGAAGUUUUGCAGAGUCACUAAGAACAAGAUUGAAAACAUGCGACAAGUACAAGAAACCUCUGCGGAUAAUCAGAUCAGAACCCAGUUUUUGAUGGAAAAGAUGGUCUACGCUCAAGAUCAAUCUUACACAGUUGAUUUAGAGGCCACCCAAGCGAAACCAUCUAACUUCGCAUCCAUUGUAGGCUAUGCUGAUCGGUCCUCUGCCAAAGAGAUGACGGCUCAUCUUAGAGCUUAUUUUAAAGGAGCAUCCGACCGCCUUUCCAAUCAGAUCCCCAUGAUCAUCCAGUUUUAUAUUUUGCGAGAACACGGGAAAAAGCUGCAGAUGGAGAUGCUGCAAAUACUGCAGAACAAAGACCAGCACGAUGAUCUUCUGAAGGAGACCAGAGAUCUUACCUGUACCAGGAACUCCCUGAAGCAGAGGAUUCACCGGUUGUCCGAGGCACAUAAGCGUCUGCUCCAUUUCCCAGGCUAAAGAAUGGACAUUCACUAACGUUGUACCGUCCAAUCACUGACGUUAUUCACAAAAGCAGAACGCUCCAUUCUUAGCUGGCCUGACAGGUGUUUGCACAAAUUACUUUCUUAUCUAUUAAGCAGUAAGUGAACCAUUAAUAGCCAAAAGCUCGAGUAAGGGGUAGUAAAACAAGAGGAAGCGCUGUUAAAUUAGGUUUGUGAUGGACUUCCAGCGAGCAGGGCGCCCAGCACAUAAUUACCUACUUUUGAAAACUAGAAUCAGGGAGAUUGUGCGGUACGCCACUGAGCGGGCGUGUCAUACUCUGCCCAAAGGGUGUGUCUAGUUCUACAAAUGGGCGUGUCUUUGCUUAAAUGCUUGGUGCGAGAUAUUUCUAUACAACAUUAGUAACAGUAUAUUUUGGGAAGUUUUGCAAAAAUCCACAAAUAUAGUGGCGGGUUAAUUGACUCACAACAAUAAUAACAAUAGCUUGAAUGUGUGUGCGUGUACAUGUGAUAGGGAAUAUAGAUUGUAAGCUCCACUGGGGCAGGGUGGGCUAUAUAAAUAACUGCAAUAUGGGUUACUUUUUAAAUGCAAUUUGACCUUGAGUGAAAUCGUCCUUAAACAUAUACGAAAAUUAUGAUUUUGGUGUAUUAAAUUUUAAUUUAUUGUAAA